AUUUUCCCGUCUCCUUCGGCGGCAUCCACCCCAAUUCAUCCGGGAAGGGGAGGAGGCGUCCUUCCUUCGCCGCUAAGCAAGCAUCCAGCCCACCCAGCCAUCCAUCCAGGGAAAGGGUAGGGGAAGGUGGCAAUGAGGAUGUCCAUGCCCAGGUGACUCUUAGAUUUCUUCGGUUUGAGGGAAGGGAGGAAGGGGGAUCGAUUUCUUCUUCGGUUCUGAUUUGGCGGAGGAGGAGGAGGAGCACGACACCCAACGAUAUGGUGGGCGUGCUGUCCAACCGGGUAGAUCGGCUGGACCUCGCCGCCGGGGAUCACAUCUACUCUUGGAGAACUGCCUACCUCUAUGCGCACCACGGGAUAUAUAUUGGUGAUGCCAUGGUUAUUCAUUUUACAAGAGCAACUGGACAUGAAAUUGGGACAGGAACAUUCUUGGACAUGUUCCUUUUCAGCUCAUCUCCAGCAACGGAGGAGGGUCCUCCCUGCGAGAAAUGUGGUCACCUGAUUAAGCAGCAGGGGGUCAUAAUGUCGUGCCUCGAUUGCUUCUUGGAUGGGGGCAAUCCGUACCUGUUCGACUACGCGGUGUCCCCCGCUUUCUUCCUCGUGAAAGCGCGAGGAGGAACGUGCACCCUGGCAGCCUCGGACCCCGCCGACAUCGUGAUCCACCGUGCCCAGCACCUCCUGAACAGCGGGUUCGGGACGUAUAGCCUGUUCAAGAACAAUUGCGAGGACUUUGCGAUAUACUGCAAGACGGGGCUGCUGGUGGAGACCGCUUUCAGCGUGGGGCGCAGCGGGCAGCUGGCCUCCCUCACGGCUGCCUUCAGCGCGGUGGCCUCGUCGCCGCUCCGGUUCCUGACGACCAGCGCUGGUGGGCUGGUGGUUGUGACGAGCGGCAUGUACUGCGUGGGGCGAUAUGUCUCAGAUAUCGGUGUUCGCCGCGAUGUCGUCAAAGUGCCCGUGGAGAGGCUGGUGGAGCACUGGCCGCCGCGGGAUGUUGCUGUUGCUCCUCCUCAGGAAAGCCAUCAAGAAUGCCAAGGAAAUGAUGUUGCUCCUCAAGAAUGCCAUGGAGACGGCGAUGGCGGCUGCGUCUCGGAGUCGCUGAGCUAAGCUCUUACUAAUAGGAAAAAGGCAGUGUGCCAUUCGAUCUGUUGCCGAUUGUACCGAUUAUGAAUGUAUCAUCGUUUAUGUUGCUCCUCAAGAAUGCCAAGGAAAUGUUGCUCCUCAAGAAUGCCAUGGAGACGGCCAUGGCGGCUGCGUCUCGGAGUCGCUGAGCUAACUCUUACUGAUAGGAAAAAGGCAGUGUGCCAUUCGAUCUGUUGUCGAUUGUACCGAUUGCUCUGCGCUGUUUGUAUUCUGUGAUUCUGUCCAUAUGAAUGUAUCAUCGUUUUUAUUUACUGUA